AUGCUACAGAUUACUGAUACAGUUUCGACUAAGACGACAUCAUACCAAAAGACUGAAGUUUAUAUGGUUAAGGCAACUAUAUUUUCCAAUUUAAAAACAACCCUCUGGCUUGUACGCCAUGGUGAACGUAUCGAUAACGUCAUUGACGACUGGCAACUGCUUUACAACGAAUGCAGCAUUGAUAAUCCACCACUGUCAUUUAGGGGACAAGAACAAGCAGAAGAAACCAGGUUACGUUUCAAAGACGUCAAACUUGACCACGUUUUUGUUUCACCAUUUGACAGAUGUUUGGAAACAGCGGCUCGUAUUAUUAAAGAUCGACCACUGAGGAUGAAAGUUGAACCGGGUUUUAUUGAAUCUCUCGGGUAUUGCGAAAAUCCGCCUGGUUUUGAAAGCCUGGAAACUAUGAAGAAGAAAUAUUCGAACAUUGAUGAAGACUAUAAACCAUUACGUAAUCCGCUGAUUUGGGAGGAACCAAAAUCCAAUGAUGAAGCCUGCAAGGAUCGAGUUCGAUUAAAUCUUGAAGCAAUCCUUCGAAAAUAUCAUCCAGGCGAUUUCGAAAGACUGAUGCAAGGCAUAGUUAUUCAAAAAUUUUCAGGUACAAAUAUACUAAUUGUAACACAUAACGACAUAAUUGCUGCUAUUCAUGACUACCUCUGCGGACCAGAUAACUGGAAAUAUGUAGGUUUGGCAACAGUCUCAAAAUUUGUUGAAAAACGUGACGGUAGUUUUACGUGUGAACUUAGUGGCGAUUUUUCACACUUAAGUGAUCCAACAAAUCUUCGAAUAUAA